CACCCUCUGGCCACUGCAGACUUGUUGUUUUGCUGGGUCACAAGAUAGCAGAGGCUUUUCUGCUUGCAUUUGGUAACAUCACUAUUUGAAGCUAUGACACUUUUAUGUGUGGUGCUGCCAUGGCUGCUCUUUGUUGGGGAGCUUCAAGCAAAUGAAAAAUCUUCUUAUCCUGGCUUUGAAAAUACUGAUGCUGUCAAACCCCAGCAGACCUCAGGUUACCAGUCCCACCUUCAGCUCCAGCUUCCCGACUAUCGGCCCUGGUCGCAUUACCAGCUUCCCGGCUACCGGCCCUGGUCACAUUUUCAGGUUCCCGGCUACCGGCCCUGGUCACGUUUUCAGGUUCCCAGCUACCGGCCCUGGUCACAUUUUCAGGUUCCCGGCUACCGGCCCUGGUCACGUCAUCGGGUUCCCAACUACGAGUCUUGGUCAGUGUCCCUGGUUCCAGGAUAUCAAGUCUGGCCCAAAUCCCGAGUUCCUAGCCACCAACACCAGGUGGAGUUCCAGGGCCAGGGCUCCCAGAGCAGUAUUCAGGCCCAAGACCUGGACCAGAACAGGACUUGGCCUCAGACUCAAGGACAGGGUUCCCAGCAAAGGCCUGAGGUGCAGGGCCAGGGCUCCCGGCACAGGCUUCAGACUUGGGGACAGGGGCAGGGCUCCCGGCGCAGGCUUCAGACUUGGGGGCAGGGCCAGGGCUUGCGGCGCAGGCUUCAGACUUGGGGGCAGGGCCAGGGCUCCCAACAUAGGUUUCAGACACGGACCAAGAGGCAGGGCUCCCAGCACACGUUUCAGAUUCAGACUCAGAGGCAGGGCUCCCAGGACAUUCUUCAGACUCAGCCCCAAAGCAGAACUUGGCCUUAUCCUCAUCCCAGGGGCAGGGUUUUUGCCAUAGACCAUCAUCAAGAUUGGCUAGAGGCUUAACUAGAACAGAGCAGGAUGCUCGGGGCCUAAUAUAUCAGAAGAUGCAUCUUUAACUAAGUGGAUCCAGUUAUACUGAUCUCUGUAAAUUAAAUUUCUGGUUGUUGAUGGUUGAAUUGAGUCUGUAUAAUACGCUUAU